GGUGGCCGGCAGCGGCGUCGGGAGCGGCGGCGGCGGCCGCACUUCCGAGCCGCCCGGGCCACGGCGAGACGCGGGCGCGCGGGGCCGCGCUCCAUGCCUGUGUGGUGCUGCCGCUGCUCCCUGACCGGGCACUUCCGAAACUAUAGUGACACAGAAACUGAAGGAGAGAUUUUUAAUUCCUUAGUACAAUAUUUUGGUGAUAAUUUGGGGCAAAAAGUUAAAGCAAUGCCAUUAGUUGAAGAAACUUCUUUACUUGAAGAUUCUUCAGUGACUUUGCCUGUGGUAAUAAUAGGAAAUGGACCCUCAGGAAUAUGCCUUUCUUACAUGUUGUCAGGCUACAGACCGUAUUUAUCAUCAGAAGCAAUACAUCCCAAUACAAUCCUGCAUAGUAAAUUAGAAGAAGCGAGACAUCUUUCCAUUGUUGAACAGGACUUGGAAUAUUUGUCUGAAGGCCUUGAAGGUCGAUCAUCCAAUCCAGUUGCUGUACUUUUCGACACACUUCUUCAUCCAGAUGCCGACUUUGGGCAUGAUUAUCCAUCUGUUUUGCAGUGGAAAUUAGAGCAGCAUCAUUAUAUUCCUCACGUAGUUCUUGGUAAAGGUCCACCAGGUGGAGCUUGGCAUAAUAUGGAAGGGUCCAUGUUGACAAUCAGUUUCGGAAGUUGGAUGGAGCUACCUGGACUUAAAUUUAAAGACUGGGUGUCUAGCAAACGAAGGAACCUGAAAGGGGAUAGGGUUAUGCCGGAUGAAAUAGCUCGCUACUAUAAACAUUAUGUUAAAGUCAUGGGUCUCCAGAAGAAUUUCCGAGAGAAUACCUACAUCACCUCUGUGUCAAGACUUUACAGAGAUCAAGAUGACAAUGAGGGUCAAGACAAAGAUAUUUCGACACAGCAUUUACAGAUGGAGAAGUCAAAAUUUGUCAAGAGAAACUGGGAGAUCAGGGGUUAUCAGCGAGUAGGGGACGGGUCCCACGUUCCUUUCUGUCUCUUUGCUGAGAAUGUGGUUUUGGCAACUGGAACAUUGGAUUCUCCUGCCCAUCUGGAAGUUGAAGGGGAAGAUUUUCCCUUUGUGUUUCAUUCAAUGCCUGCAUUUGGAGCUGCUGUAAACAAAGGGAAGUUUCGUGGCAGAGUGGAUCCAGUGCUGAUCGUUGGGUCUGGGCUCACUGCAGCCGAUGCAGUGCUGUGCGCUUAUAAUAGCAAUAUCCCCGUGAUCCAUGUCUUUCGCCGGCGAGUGACUGAUCCGAGCUUAAUUUUCAAACAGCUUCCAAAAAAGCUUUAUCCAGAGUACCACAAAGUCUAUCAUCUGAUGUGUACUCAGUCUAACUCUGGGGACUCAGAUCUUCUCUCUGAUUAUACCAGUUUUCCUGAGCACCAUGUGCUCGCCUUUACGUCGGACAAGAAGUGCGUUCUUCAGAGUAUCUCUGGGUUGAAGAAAGUAUUUAAACUCUCUGCAGCAGUCGUACUAAUAGGGUCUCAUCCCAAUCUGUCUUUUCUCAAGGAGCAAGGGGCCUACCUGGGCCAUAAAUCAAGCCAGCCAAUCACAUGUAAGGGUAAUCCUGUCGAAAUCGAUGCUUAUUCCUAUGAGUGUGUCAAAGAAGCCAGCCUCUUUGCACUGGGUCCUUUGGUCGGAGACAAUUUUGUUCGAUUUUUAAAGGGCGGGGCACUGGGCAUUACACGCUGUUUAGCUACAAGACAGAAGAAAAAGCAACAUUUAUUUGUUGAAAGAGGAGGAGGAGAGGGGAUAUCUUAAAACAAGCUUACAAACAGUCAUAUGGACAGUUUACCUUUAAAGAUUUUUAACAGUGUACUGAUUGAGUUUUCUGAACUUGAAUCCACUGGAAAAAGGCUUCAUAGACAUUAACUUCAUUUUUUAAAGUUCCAGAAACUUGGUGUCCUAAUUUCCAUGGUAACAUAUUGAAGUUGUUACUGUCAGAAAAGCAGGGGUGGUGGAAGAAUGCCAGUUUGGUUUAAGUUCUCACUUAACUAAAACAUCUGUUUUCGAAGACUUUCUGUGAUCACUUUUGAUUAUUUCUUGUUUGAUUCCCACAUCGUACAGCUUCAAAGCCACACAAUCAUUGGGCCAGAAAUUGUCCCUUGAUACCCCUGUAGAGGUAGUGCAGAGGCCAGACAUGUCGGCUUUGUGUGUGGCUUCUAGAAAUGUGCAUUCAGGAUCACUUACAUGAUCAGAAAUGUUUUUUUAGUGAGACCCACAUGGAAUAUUUAUGUUUAUUAAGGUUUGUGGCACACAGGUCUGAUGAAGUGGGAUAAUGUAUAUUUGUUCAGAGGGGGUCAGGGGUAAGAGGAUUUCCAACUCAGGGCUUAUUUAUUUUAAGAUUAUCAAUGUAAAUUUAAUUUAUUACCAAAUCUUGGUUUUUAAAAAUAUAUAUUGUUGGAACCUUGACAGAUUCGUCUAUAUUGUCAGCUUCUAAUAAUGUAAACAGUCUUAAGUUUAUACUAAUUUAAGCAGUUUAGCACUGUGGGCAUACGUUUAGACAUUCAGCAACCUGCUAAGGUAUUUCUUUAGAGAUUUAUUCUCUAACAAUCAAAGCAAUCUAAUUUUUAGUUCAAUAAAUUGUAAAUAGAACUAUUUAUCCCUGUAUGAACACUGAGGUAAUUUCUAUCACUGAAACAGAGAUAUAGGGCAUACUUGUAAUAAUGUAAUUAUUAUGUGAUUUGGGCAUAAUAUUUGGGUAUUUCCAGAAUUAUUAAAAGCUUAAAUUUUAAAUAUAGUGAAAACCUACCUGUCUUUUUCCAUUCCCAAGAUUACUAACCGUGCCAUUUGUCCAUUGGAGAUGACAGAGCAGCUCUUACUCAUGUGUUUGUCCUGAAUUAAUAUGCUCUAAUUCUGAUUUAUCUUUACUUAGGUAUGCUGUUUUCACACUUUUCAUAAUUUUUAUGGUUUUACAGAUCUAAUCUCUCCAUGGCAAACUGAAUGUCUUGGUCCUUUUUUUUCCCUUUUUUUGGGGGGUGUAAAAAUUAUUUUUUCUGGAUUGUGUUCAUUUAACAUCUAAUUCUGUUUUUUUUUUUCUUAAAAUAAAAAUAAGGAACCAAAAAUUAAAUGUCAGCAUUCUGUUCAUCUUGUUGCAAUAUCAUGUGCCUUCAAGGUCAUCCACCUUAUAAUAAACUGCUGAGAAUACA